AUGAUGAGAGAGACACAGAAUCGAUUCAAGUAUAGCAAGCAGCACGACCACGAAGGGACUCCCAGUUUUUUGACUACUUGAGCGGUUCCUCCACUCCAGUUAUUAGUUAGUUGCCUCCUAUUGUUUACUCACUGGGUGCUCAGCACUGCUUUCCAAAUAACGUGCAACAAUUGCAAAUUUAAUCCAGGCCCAGUUCUGCUGGAAGAAAGUCUUGCAGAAAUGAUGGCUUGAGCACCUUUGUAUCUACAUUCCGUGAAUCUGGAUGUUAAUGCAAUUUCCAGUCGUCCGAAUACCAGAUUUUGUUGGCAGAUCUUAGAUUUUUAUAAUGGUUCAUUGAGAAUCUUGGUCUUUACUGAGAAAAGUUUGGAAAUUGACGACAAAUAAAGAUGGACCCUCAAAAUGGGUCUACAAAUCCACAUGGCCAAAGUCAAGCGGGACAACAGAGAUACUGUCCAACGCCAAUUAUGGCCCCUCCGCCAUCAUCCCCCGCUCCACCUAUGCAACAUCAACUAGUACCCCAACCUUCGAUUUCACCAGCGCCGCAUCAUCCUGGCUACUAUAGCCACCACCCACCGUACCCACCCCAAACGCAGCAACCGUCUUACUAUCACCCAAAUUACGCUUAUCAGAGCCAUGUGCCGCCAACACAAACUCCACAUUAUUCGCACCAGCAUCAUCAACAAUGGGGAGGACAUCAUUCCUACUACCAAUCACAAUCAGUAGACGUGGGAUCGACACAUCCUCAACAGUCACCAUAUCAGACUGAAAUAUAUCCUCCUCAAACACAGAGCCCCUACCCUCCAUAUGUACAGCAUCAACAACAUCAGAGAAUGCACCAUCCAGGACUGCCACAACAACAGCAACAGCCCCCUCAGCAGCAGCAACAACAACAACAUGCACUUAUGAACCUCUCAAGAUUUGUUAGUCAGCAAAGUCCAAGUUCAAGUCCUGUACCAAUGCCUCACAGUCCAACUACGCCAGUUCCAAUGGGGUCACCCCACUACCACCAACAGCAAACAAAUCAACAGAGCCACAUGACCGCUACACUUACACAGCCAGCACAUGCUCCUCCACCUCCUAUUGUAUAUCCUCCCCAGUCACGUACUCCCCAGGGACAUAUGACUUUACUUCCCAACAAUGGUAACUUACACCCGUCAUUUCACAGUCCACCAAGCAGUGGUCCUGUUCAUUCUCAACAAAAUACUGGCCAAGACAACCAACGGUCACAAAUUAUGCCAGCGGCGAAUCCUACUGGAAAUACAAUAAGCAAUCAACCAAUCUCUCCUGCACCUUCUUUCAAACCUUCUCCAUCUGAACAACUAGUACAAAGCUCAUCGAAUGACACUUCAACAAAUGCAAAUCAUAAUCACAUGCUACUCUCGAAUGGUGGUGGUAGUGUUAGUCGAAGUGAGUCGACCAGCCCUAGCAGCAGUGUGUCCAGCAGCAGAGUCAUCUUAAGUCCUCCUCCCACCCCAAAUCCCACAGUCGUAACAUCAACUUCUAAUAAUAAUGGACAUAUGAUUCCAGUGCGACUCAAUAUGCAGUCUGGCGCUAGAGCUAGAACGAAAGCUAGUAUGCGGAAACUAAUGCAAGAGCAACAGAUCUCAACUAGUGGAAAUCCAGGGAGUAGUGCGGAGGAUCCGACUUCUGAACCAGAAUCACUACCUGCCGGAAAAAAAGUCACAACGCCAAAGAAAAGUCCAAAAAAAUCAAAGAAAGGUGCCGUUGAGGAAGAUGUUGAAGCAGCAACAUUAACUGACCCCGUUACUACAACAUCCGUAGACUCGUCUGCUAUUGUUGAACAACCGUCUACCCCACAAGUUAUAGCAACUUCCACUCCUCGGAAAAAGGGAAGAAGGGGGAAAAAAGUUGUUUCCAAACAACCAAAAUUGGCAGCCACUUUAAAAGUAAGUCCCCCUCCCAGAAAAACAUCCGGAAGACGCCCCCGUAAACAGUCUACGGUAAAUUCUGAACUAGAAACAACUCAACCUACAAGUUCCCCAACUCGUUCACAAGCGUCUCAACCAAAAUCACCACUGAAAAAUACGAUCGAGAUGGAGGAGGAAGCGAUUAAUGAGGAGCCACUUCAAAAUAAAGUGGAAGUAGAGCUGGUUAAGAAACCUAAACGUGGAACUCGAAAAAAAUCUUCCACUCCUCUCGCAAGAAAGUUAGCAAUCGCAAGGAAAGCUAGGGCUGCUAUGAAGAAAAAAGCAGAAGAAGAAAGUAAACUGGAGGAAUCAGUCAACAGUGAGGUCGCAAUGCCCGAGCAGCCAGAAGCCCCAAUCACCCUAGAAGAAAAAGAGGAAGAAAUAAUUGAGACACCGACUCGACCUAUUAGAAUGCGAGCAGCUAAGGAGACAAAGAAAGCAGAAGAGCCAAAAGUAUCGGAACGGUCAAGGCUUGCAACUAGGACUAAACGCGCUUCUGUGAGCUAUAAAGAAAUGUCAACUUCUCGAAGCAAAUCUCCCAAAGAAAUUACUCCUCCUGCAACUGCUCAGCAGGCAACCAAGAAAUCUCCAACCCCCUCGUUGAAGAAGUCUGUGGCUGUAACUAAAAUGUCUCCCAGACUGAAGGUUGUUGAAAGCCCAUCUCCAAGUCGGUCGCAGAAUUUGAAAGAUAAAAGUCCCUCCCGAAGUAGGCGUGGAAGCAAAGCAUCCAAAGAACAAGAACAAGUAAUUCCAGAAACUCCAAAGCGUGCACCUCGAAAAGCAAAAGAAAAAUUGACACUAGAAAUGAGUACGGUUGCAGUUACUCCUGCCGCUAGUGAACCCGAAGAAGCUGGUACAAUAAUUAUGUCACCUCCGUCUACAAAAAAGAAUACCAACAGGAAAACUAAACGAGAACCAACUCCAGUCCGAUUGCCUAGUCCCCGUUUGGCGAAAGAAAAAAGUGUUACGCCCACAACGGCUGCAACAACAUCCGCUGCUUCUUCACCCUCAAAAUCAACUGCUUCUGAUGCUGCUGGCAAUGAGGGCGUGUUGAGUGAGAAUAAAAGCAAACCAGUAAAGACGAAGGGAAGGGUUGCUUCGAGAAAACCACCACCCACAUCUUCGUCAAGUAAUAGAGGGAAACCGAAAAUAGUGAAAAAGAAAAUGACACUCAAUUCUAGAAAACUAAAAUUUCUACGACCUCUGAAACACGAGGCUCCGAUAGCAGCACCAGUGGUAGAACUCCCAGAAGCUGAGACAAUUAAGAAGAAGGCAAAAGGUCGUGGCGGUAGCUCAAGACGAUUUUUGGUAUCACGUAAGCGAAAAAGACCUCUUCCAGUAAAAUUGUCACAAACAAGAGUUCCACAUGUUCAAGAGGGAACACAAAUUAUUAAUCAAUCUACUAAUGUGAAUACUUCUGGCUCACAUGAAUUGCCUACAACUGAAGCGUCUAAUAUUAUCAUCACUAAUUCCUCAGCGAACCUUCCAUCUGAAUCUACAUCACAUUCUGAUAAGGGAUUAUUAGCAUCGACGUCGUAUGCAACCCAAGCUAUGAAGUUGCCAACUGGAAAUCCUAUGGUGUUAGAGUCUCGACGAAGAUCAAAAUCUCCCCGUCAAACUCUUGAUGCUGCGUCAUCCUCGCUUCCUGCUGUUAUCGGGAAUGCCACUUCCACUACUACUAUUGCUCCAAUGGAGAUCAUGCCCAGUCAAACAAUUGUUACCAGUGGAACUCUAGAUUUGAGUUGUAAAUCUGAACAAUCAAACCUUGGUCACAAUCAAGCCAGUAGCAGUGGCAAUUUGGUUGCAUUUCCUGUUGCACCUACUUUUGAUCUCAUAAAUCCUCUAACUCUUCACACCAGUCCUACCACCUCCAACUUGCAGCUAUUGUCCGACUCGGUAAAUUCUAUAAUGCAGUCUACAUCAAAAAGCACAAAGCCAAGAAAGCCACGAAAACCGAGAGUGUUGGUGCCCAAACCAAAAAUUCCCGAGGUAGCUGCAACUAGUAGUACCAAGAAUAAAAUCAACCCUGGUAGCAGCGCAGUGGUGCUAGAUCAAGUAGCAGGUGCGACUGAGACGAAAAUUAAUACUAAGAAAACAAAGUACGAGCUAAAACAAUUGGAAUUUAAGCGAAGAAAAGCUAUUUUAGAAUUGGAGGUGGCACAAAGUUUGUUAGAUAUGAAGCACAGCAGUAAGAGUCCCAGUCCAGUUAAAUUGGUCGAACCAACACCCACAACAUCUUCACCUCCAGUGGUGUCUAUAGAUCUAUUUCCUUCUCAGGAAACAACUCCCAAAAAAACAAGCAGACCAAGGAAGCCCUCAGUCCAAAGUAGAAAGCGAAAGCGAACUCUAACUGCGGAAGCUCCUGGUGAUCUUCAAUCUACAACACCAUCAACUCUUCCCCUAUCCAUGAGUCUACCUUUACCAUCCACGCUUUCACCAGACAUUGCGACUCCGUUACCAGCCCAGAAAUCAAGAAAAGGAGUUAAACGUCCUCGAGUUAAAAAGCCUCGUCUUGAUCUGCCGCAACCACUAGUUAUACCCACCACCACUCCCACUAUUCUUGCGGUCCCUCAAAUAAACGGAAAUCAAGGUUUAAACUUUUCCAUGAAUAACAGCAUAUCGUUUCUAAACACACCAAACAAAACGGGUCCUGUUAAAGUUGCCAAAACUGUAAUUCCUCCAGGAGUUGCAGAAACAAAGACGUCAACAAUUGCAGACAUAGAAUCGACUAUUGCCAGUGUCUCCUGCGGUCUGAUACCAGUUUCUUCGUCUUCUUCGUCGCCCCAAGAAAAAGUAAAGCCUAAAUCAAAGCCACGGCCAAGGAAACCAAAAACGACAGUAGUCAAAAAUCUUCCCACUACUCCUGCUGCCACAACAACAGAAGGAAUCUCUGAAACAUUGGUGCCAAAACCAAAACGUCCACGUAAGAAGAAUUCCACUCCCGCAAAAGUGGCUGUGAGCUCUACAGUUCUUUCCACGCCCAUCACCACGACCAUACAUGACACUUUAGCGGGCAAUAGUUCCAUAGAUAUUACAACUAUUGCUCCAAAAAAUUCAGAAAAUUCAAUGGAUCUCCUUCCUGCUGCAGCUGCUGUGACCCCAGUCAAAAAGAAACGAGUUUACAAACGUUCUCCUUUUAAGCUAACUGUGAAACCACUUCCAGUUCCAACCGUCUUCGUUAAGUCGUCUCCAUCUACAAAUACAAAUGGACCGGGAGCACCCAUCGCUAGUACCAGUUCCUCAUCGGACAAGAACAGGGUUAGAAUUGGCCCAACAUUAAAGGUCAUAGCAAGAAAAACUCAGUUUUUUCGAGGUGGAGAGAAGGAGGAAUUAGAUACUGAGCCACCAACACAUAAGCAGGGACAAACUCAGUUUGACAAAAACGUACCGUGGUUAUGCUGUUUCUGUAACUUGGGCCCGCAUGCUCAAAAACUGGGCGAUCUUUUCGGUCCAUAUUACUCUGGACCAGAGGCAGAAGCUGGAAAAUUAAAUUCGACUGGAAGUGGUGAAACUUGGAUGCAUUCAGAGUGUGCAUUAUGGACUAACAACCUUGUUCUGAUUGGAACUCAACUUUAUGGUCUUGAGGAGGCACUGGCAAACUCCAAAAAAUACCUUUGCACAACUUGCGGUAACAAGGGCGCAACAAUAGGAUGCCUCGAACGGGGAUGCAAGCAAGCAGUACACUUUCCGUGUGCGACCAGAAAGUCAUGGAAGCUGGACGAAGAAUCUUUUAACUCUUUUUGCCCUGCCCAUAUUUCGUAAUUCAAUACUUUGUUUCUUACUGUCAUUAUAUAUACCUUUCGACAUUAUCUCAAAUGUUGUUUGUUGGUGAAAUUAUUAUUAUUACGUGAAAAUUAUUUUGUAUUUUUACAUUACAGUUACAGUUAAACGUGAUAGUUAGAAAGUUCUGCUGAUUGAUACAAGGUUUUAUUUUAUAAAUAAAAAUAUGCAAGUGGUAUUAUAGGAUACGAAUAAGUACAUACAUACUACGUGGUACUCGAAACAAAAACAGGCAAUCUUAGUCACUGCCGAGUGAUUUAUUUAUUUAAUGUUUAGAUAUUGUAUUGUAUGUCGCGACCGUGACAUAAAAGUUUGCGGUACUGGCAAAUUAUGCUUAAAAACGGAAACCUAUGUACCAACCUCCAAUGUUAUGGGGCAUAUGUAACUAGCGUACUUUGUCGUUGCUUGCUGUGAGUAUGGGUAGGUGUAAUAGUCUUAAUUUCGUCUCUCUUAAGUUAGUGACAACAUUCCCAACCAAUUUUUAGACGGUUCAUUGUGGUGGUAUAGUAUUGUAAAGAAAGUAACAAUGAAUUAAAACUUUGAGAUCGUUGUGACAAAAAA